GCCAAGACUGACAGACCGUCUGUUAACCUGACUAAUCAAGGCCUCUGAUAGUCUAGUCAUGGUGCUUUCACGCUUCCAGUCGGCUCGCGCUGUGGGUGGCCUCGGCCUCAUCCUCUUUUUCGAUCCAUCCACGUUUCUCUUGCACUAAGCUCUAUUCCCAGUUCUGCUCCAGUAACUUCUUGACGAGCUAGGCUAAAAGGCUUAGCAAACAAGAUUAGAGAGCAAAAAAAAAAGAAGCUAUCCCUCUAUCCAAGUCCCAUCUGCCGAGCUGAGAAGAGCGUGCGCCGUCUUCAGCACCAAGCGACAUUCUUUCCCUCGGCCACGCGACAGAAGUGAAGAGAGGCUGUAAUACCAAUUGUCUAAUCAAAAUUCAUUUGUGACCAAAUAUUCUGAUGCGCUUGGGGAUUUCCGAACUAUGCAAGCUCGCAAAGUGGUAAAACUACCUCUGUUGGACGAAUCGAGAAGAGGAGCCUAUCGUCUUGACCCUGCAUCAAACCCUAGGAGAUAACUCGCUACGGAUUUAUCAUGUUUGACUUUUCAGGGAAUUCCUUUUUAUGUGCUCUUGCAUUCAUUCUUGCAGCAUUGUUGCAAACAGAUGCAGCGAAUGGGCCUGCAACGGUUCCACCUAGGUUUCCUACAGAACAGGAUCAUUUUGAUAGACCUAUUGGGAUAUCAUCAAGUCAUUCAAUAUUGCCAGUUCCUCAAAAUAGUGUUCAAUUACCAGCCCACAAGUUAUCUCACGAAGACAGUGGCGCUAUUCCGCGACGGAAGCGCAACGUUCUGUUUCCAAGCGGAGUCAAACUAUGCGCGCAGGAGACCGUUCAGCAAGCCAUCGAAAACCACUUGGGCUAUUUUCACCUCCGAGUGUGCCAAGAGAUGGUAUGGGAGGCGUUCAAGAUAUUUUUAGACCGCCUUCCUGAUCAGGAAGAGUACAAGAGCUGGAUGAGCCAAUGCCAGGAAGGUACGGCCACGGCUGUGGAGAUUGGCAACCACUUCAGCCAAUCAGAAGAGCACUUGGCUUUUGUUGAAACCAGAAUGUCACAGACAGGUUUGCAAGGAGCGCCCCCUAACUCCUGGCAACAUAUGUGCAGCACCGAGGCUCCGGUCGCCCCUGAGCAGACGUCCACUCCUCUGGAAGAAGAGGGGGCGGCGAGCGAGCCUGAGGGAGAGGAGCUGCAUGGGAUGAUAGAGACAGAAGAAGGAGGAGCCACAGGGGCUAGCCCGAUCACUAAUGACAUAGAGACGGAGGUGGUGGCGGGGUCGACUCUCCCGGCCCUGGAGCAGGUGAUGGACCUGAGGGUCCAGCUGAGAGGGGAGAGGUUCAGCGAGGCGCUCCGGGACCCAGCCAGCCUCCAGUACCAGAUCCUGGACAGGAAGUUCACCAACAAGAUCGAGGAUGCUCUACAGAGACUGCCUGGGUUCAAGAAAGUUUCACUGAUUGAGUUCAUGCACCACAGAGACACUCAGGGUGCGGACGGCGUGGUGGGCCUGUACGCCGUGACGCUGGAGGUGGAGUCUGACGGAGUGAGCGUGGAGCAGCUGGACUACCUGACGCUGAUGUCCAACCAGGUGGAGAACUGGUACAGGGAGGUGGAGGAACGCCCCACCGUGGUCUACAGCCUCACGGACGUCCAGAACUUCAUCACCGAGGCUCUGCACAGGGAGAGUGACCUCGGCAACCCCACCCUGGGCCUGCACGACUCCCUGCAGCUGGAGAGCGUGAUAGGGUCUCUCGCGCCCGGCUCCUUCCAACCAACCGCCGAACCCUCCACGUUUGACGACACGAACAGCUUCCUGGCCGCAGAGAGACCCCCGGACAACUCUGAAGGAGACGGCGAUGACCUCAACAAUGACGACUUCCUGUUUGACCCGGCGCAUCCCUUUGACCCUCCGGCGGGUGCUGACAGCGGAGCGGCGGCGGGGGGCGACAAUGACGUCAUCGUCCUGGAGGAGAGUGAGACCCUGCUGCUCCUGCCCGACCAGACGAUGGAGACGGCCCCCUCCACCACGGCCCUGCCCCCCCCCGAGGCCAUCGAGGACGAGGGCCUGCUGGUGGAGAACACUGUGGACACUGCGACCCCUCCUGCUUGGGCCCCCCCGGCAGACGACCUUCCCGGGGACAUAGACGACCCCGAGCCUCCGGAGGACCCCACCUUAGCUGAGCCUCCCCUGGAGAUUGAGGCCUCCGGCUCUGGGGCCGACCUGGACGACCUGCCCUUCACCUCUACCACGAAGGACACCCCUGCAGAGGAGGACACCACAGAAGAAGACACCGCCCCCAGAGCUCUCCCAGGCGGUACCACAGAAGAAGACACCGCCCCCAGAGAGGGCAUCAUAGAAGAAGAGGAAGGAGAACCUCUUCCAGGCGGUACCACAGAAGAAGAAGCCGGUCAGGAGGAAGCUGAAACAUCAGAGGAGCUGGAGGUCUCCACCAUAACGACAGAGACCGUAGAAGAAGACGACGCAGCUGCUGCCUUCGUUCCCAUAGCGACCCAGACCCAGGAGGCACCUGUGUUGGUGGAGCCUCUGGAGCCUGUGGUAGCUGAAGAGAUUGGCCUGCUUCCUGACGCGGUGGAGGACCUCAACGUGGCCUCAGACGUGGAGAGUUCCUCGCCCCCGGAGCUGGAGCCGGGUCUGGGGGACAACGAGGUGCUGCCCUACCCUGACACACCCUCGGAGGAACAGGAAGAAGACGUGGAGGUGGAAGAACCAAUCAUGACGGUGCUUACCGCGGCACCUCCAGUGGUAGAACCAAUAGUGGAGGACGUUGUUGAGGUGGUGAUUAAGGAAGGGCCCGAGGAGGAGGAGGAGGGGCCGGAAGAAGAGGAUCCAGAGGAGGAGGAGUCACAUGGAGAGGCGUUUGUCGAAGCUCCAGAGGAGGAGAUCUCUGAAGAGGAUCUGGUGGAGGAUGAGAUCCUAUUGGUUGACGAGCCCGCCCAGGAUAUACCGGCAGCGUUCACCCUGAGCCCAGCCCAUCCAACACUCCUGUCUCCUGAGAGAGAGUCACCCUUCACUCGCGUCUCUGACAUCUUGGUGGAGGAGGAGGAGGAGGAAGAGUCUGUUGCCAUGGGGACAGAGGCCCCGUUACCUGGCGUAGAGAUCACAAUAGAGGUCCAUACAUCUGAGCCUAGCCAGGCUGACGUCACAGAAGCAGACCUGGGCUACGAGGUGAUCCUCUACGGGGGAGCGAACCACACAGAUGAUGGGAGCAGUGGGUUCCCCUCUGGGGCUCCACAUGGUACGGACCAGGCCAGCAUCGCCAUGCCCGCCAACCCUGGCAGAGCCCUGAUGGUCUUCUUCAGCCUGAGGGUCACCAACAUGAUGUUCUCUGAUGACCUGUUCAAUAAAAGUUCCCCGGAGUACAAGGCCCUGGAGCAAAGGUUCCUAGAGCUGCUGGUACCCUACUUGCAGUCCAACCUCAGUAACUUCCAGAACCUGGAAAUCCUUAACUUCCGAAAAGGCAGCAUUGUGGUGAACAGCCGUAUGAAGUUCGGCAAGCCGGUCCCUCAUGGCGUCAACACUGCCGUGUACCUGAUCCUGGAGGACUUCUGUAACACGGCCUACCAAACCAUGAACCUGGCCAUCGACAAGUACUCUCUGGACGUGGAGUCAGGAGACCAGGCGGACCCCUGUAAGUUCCAGGCGUGUAACGAGUUUGCGCAGUGCCGGGUGAACCGGUGGUCUGGAGAGGCGGAGUGCGUGUGCAAUGCUGGCUACUUCAGCGUGGACGGCCUGCCCUGCCAGAGCAUCUGUGAGCUGCAGACAGACUUCUGCCUCAACGACGGCAAGUGUGACAUCAUCCCGGGCAAGGGAGCCAUCUGCAGGUGUCGUGUCGGGGAGAACUGGUGGUACAGAGGAGAACACUGUGAGGAGUAUGUGUCAGAACCGUUGGUGGUUGGCAUAGCGAUCGCUUCUGUUGCCGGCUUCCUAUUGGUUGCCUCAGGAGUGAUAUUCUUCUUGGCUCGCACGCUGAGAGACCAGUAUGAUAAAGAUGAAUCAGAAGACCCCAUACGGCGAGGGGAGAGCAUUCCGUCUCUGGAGAGGGCCACCAAGUACAACCCCAUGUACGAGAGCGAGGCCACCACGGGCUACAGCCACUACUACCGCCGUUACCCAGAAGCCCCACUGUGCAGCAGCGCCAGCGCCGAGGCCUCCACCGACUUCAGCAGCGAGGAGAUACGUCACAUCUACGAGAACAGCGAACUCACCAAGGAGGAAAUCCAGGACAGGAUACGCAUCAUCGAGCUGUACGCCAAAGAUCGCCAGUUUGCAGACUUUGUGCGACAGCAUCAAGUAUCGCUUGACACACGCAGAGAGAGCUCGUCCACGUAGACAAGCAUGUGAUGAGUGAUGAGGAAGAAACCUGCCUUUGUCUUUGAAGAGCGAAACCUUUGUGACCUCUGCCAUGGGUACUAGAAGGUGAACGGUACCACACUCCUAGGGGUCAUGGGGUCAUGACCCGUGGUCAACUGUCAAAUCAGGGUGAAGGGUUCACAUGAUGUCAUGUGACCGAUCGCUUCUCUGUGAAGCAUCUUAGAAUAUUGAGGCUUUUUUGUAAACAUAAAAAAAAUAUGUAUUUUAGCUUUUCAUGUGUUCCUGUAGUCUCAGCCAAUCCUGGUCCUCAUCUCUGUCCCUUGCCGUCAGUCACUUUGAUCCCAUUGGUUUAGACAGAAAGGUCUCUUCUUGGUCCCGCCCCUUCCCCCUCCUUCUUCAGUGCCUUCUCUCAAUGUGGUGAGAUAUUCUUAAAAGGGGCGUGACUUUGUUGGCAAUAUCCGCCGCUCAUUGGGUGUCUUCCAAACAGAGGGGAACCCUCCAUGUUUAUUCUGGAUUCCUAUUCGCUACUUGAAAACGGUAACACACCAAUAGCAAUACUCUCUAGGACUACGUUCUUCAGAAUGAGUAUUAGUCGUUUUUUUGUGUGUAGAAUACUGUUGGAAGGGUGAGUUGUUAAGAUGUGAAUUUUACUGUAGGCCAAGUCUUAUGUUUUGUCUACUUCAGGAUGAUGGUCAAACUGUCCAUUACUGACAUUACUGCUGCAAUAACUAAGUUCUAUUGUAAAUCUAUUAUGAGAAAAAUGGAGAAAGGGAAGUAAGGAUAGAGAGAGAAAAAGAAAUGUGAGAGAGGAGAGAGAGCUUUAUUCCAAGGAUUUUGAUGUAAAUGAAAACACAUUUAGAAAGUACCCCAGGGUUUAUGAUGUGGUCUGUUCUCAAUACAAUAGAAAAAAAAUAAAAGCAUAUAUAUAAACAGACAAUGUGACCAGGCAGUCAACAUUUGGUCAGCAAUAAGCAAACUCAAAACAGAAUAUUUUAGACGCUCAAACACGCAAAUAAACCCCUAAACCGGUCUGGUGGGGUAGCCUCUUUCCCUUCAUCACAACCUGGAAACGUUUGUCUCGAGAGUUACUGUAAUGUUUGUAUGUUGUUCUAUUCUGUAAAGUUGUUUGAAGGGCAUAUGGACCUUCUUUGCUGCAGCUAUGAACCCUAACUCCAGCCUAGCCGAACGUCUGGAUGUUGUGGAGGUCAGAGUAAGAACGUGUUGUGUAUCUUAGCUCAUGUUUAUACUAGCCAUGUGUACGGUGACACACCUGGGUAGCACAUAAUCUCAUAUCCUCCACUUUUGGGACUUAUUCAUGCCUUAGCAAUUUUUUUAAUCCACUUUUCUCCAUAAACCAUUGUCUCCAUCCACCUGGACAAAUAGCCAAUUGUUGUGUGAUACAGUGUAAAUGCAAUUGAAAAGAUGUAAAGUUAUAAUUUACUGUGUGUAGAAUGUGAAGGAAGUUUGUUUAAAAUGUUUUAAUGUUCAAAUACUGUUUGUUUUAUUUUUUACCUAAGCACUGGUUCGAUAUUUUUACAAUCUAACAUAACCCCUUGCAGCUGUCUCAAUCUCGAUGUUAAACAAAAUAA